AUGACAGUUCUAUCGCCGGCGACCGCCACUGAAUCCGGCGAAGACGCGGUGCGGAUCGCGUUCGCUAACCGACGCUGCAUGUUCCUCUGCCUCCCUUGCUUCCCCUCUGAAUCCUCGUCGUCGACGUGGUGGCAGGAUCUUCAGUCACCGCCGAACAAGGAGAGAUGGUGGUACCGGCGAUGGAAGAUGGUGAGGGACUGGAAAACCGUCGUUCGCCGCUUCAACAAUAACAGAAGCAACCACUACAAGAGUCACGGUUCAUUCCGCUACGAUCCGCUCAGCUACGCUCUCAACUUUGACGACGGAACUGCGGUCGGAGACGACGAUCACGAACACAAAGGCUUCUCAGCUCGCUUCGCCUCCAUUCCGCAGCCGGAGAAAACCGCCGCGUACUUGCGCGAGGAGCACGCGCCGCCUGUGUCGAAUUUCGAGAAAUGA